CUAAAAAAUUUACGUAGAUGGCGACACAAGCGACCCUGCUCUAUUGCGUUUGUUAGCUCUGGCUGUCAGAAGUAAUUUCGGAAAUUCUCGAUAUUUAUAGCAAAAAUGUAUUCAUUUAUGACUGUGGUGCAGUUAAAAAAUGAAUUGCGACAGAGAAAUGCAUCUGUAACUGGUAAAAAAGCUGAUUUGAUCGAAAGAUUGGAAGCGUAUGACCGAAACUUUAAUUUUGGUGCAGACCCUGGUCCUAGUGAAGAUCCUAGGUACGAGUGCCCGCCUGUGUCGUGCUUUAAGGAUAUUAAUGCCGAUUCGCCCAUUCCACCUUUAGAUAGGCACGAAAUUCAGGCAUAUUUUGAAAAAUUUAAUGCCCAGAAUAAAGGCAAAGAUAUGUACGAGUCUCGUUGCCUGCUAACCGCUAGAUAUGCUUCGGUCGGGGCGAGUACUUACUUUCAAGGGCAGUGUAAAGCCCAAAUGAAGAAAGUUACUUACAUAGUGAAUGUAAAAGUGUCUAAAGAAGGUAAUAUCGAACAGGCCAACUGCGAGUGUGCUGCUGGCAGUGGUAUUGAAGCUCAUUGCAAGCAUGUGUCUGUUUUAUUAUGUGCAGUGGAAGAUAUGUGCCGAACUAAGACCAUUAUGGUACAUCAAGUGACAACACAAAAGGCGGGGUGCUGCUGGCCGCACGCGAGCGCUACUCAAUACGUGUCCUUCAUGACAUUGAUGGGCUUACCGCAGAUAUGGAGUUGUUAUUUGCAACAAUUACUUAUAAGGAUUUGA